AUGAAUGAAAUAAAAUAAAAUGAAUAUUUAUUGAAAAAUAAGAAAGAAAAAGAAUGGUUGAGUAGGAAAUAAUUGAAAUUUUUAAGAGACACAGCUGUUACAAGUGAUGAUUCAGGUGAUGAAUUAGAAAAAUAAAAAGAAAUGGAAAUUUUUAUAAUUCAAAAGAAAAAAUUUUAAUGGCAAUAAAGAAGCUUGAAUUUUUUUGGCUCAAAAAAAUAUACGAAAGUCUACUCUGAAGUAAUAUCUCUAAAAAUUAAUCAUUACUUGAUACAAAUCAAUAAUUUAUUGAAAAAAAUAAGAAAAAACAUAACUCCUUUACCUCCUUACAUAAUAACACCUGAUGGAUCAAUAAAAUUGUUAUGGGAUUUAUUAUGUUUAGGAUUUGUAAUUUUUGAAAUGAUUAGUAUUCCAUUUUAAAUAAGUUUUGAAAGAGAGAUAAGUAAGGAAAUAUCAAUGACAUCUUUAGGAGUUUUUGCAUUGGAUAUACUCUUAAAUUUUAACACAGGAGUUUAUUUAGAUGGAAUUUUAUAAAUGAAAAGAGAAAGAAUAAUAAAAAGUUAUUUAUCAUUUUGGUUUUGGAUUGAUUUAAUUUCAACUUUUCCUUAUGAUAUAAUAAUUGAUGAAUCGGAAUCUCUGAUUUAAAGUGCAAAAUUACUUAGAUUAUUUAAAUUUUUAAAAUUUAUUCAUAUUUUAAAACUGUUAAGACUGGCUAAAUUAAAAAAGAUUAUAGAUAAAUUAGAUGAAUACAUUUAAAAUAUUAGAGUAAUAGGAGUAGUUUUAACCUUUUUUAAACUAUUUGUUUUUGUUUUAUUUUUAGCCCAUGUUUUGGGAUGUAUAUUUCAUUAUGCUUCAAGAGAAGAAUCUAAUUCUUGGCUUGGAGAUAAUGAAAAUGCAGAUUGGUAAAUAAGAUAUAUAUAUUCAUUAUAUUGGGGUAUAGCUACAAUGACUACUGUUGGUUAUGGUGAUAUAAGUCCUUUAACAACAGCAGAGAGAGGAUUAGGGAUUAUCCUUUUAUUAGUUGCAUGUGGUGGAUUUGCAUUUACUAUGAAUUCUAUAGGUUUUGCUUUAUCUACUUUAGAAGAAAGAACUAAUAUUCGAAAAUCACAAGUUAAUAUCUUAAAUAAAUAUAUGAAACAGGCAAAUAUACCUGAUGGAUUAUAAAAUAAAGUUAGAAAAUAUUUAGAAUAUGUAUGGGAUAGUCAUUAAAUAUUGUUAAAAGACAUUACUAAUUUACUUUCUUAUGAAUUAGCAAGAGAUAUCUUGGAUUAGGUAAAUGGCAAAUUAUUUAGAUAUUUAGAUAUUUUCUGGCAUUUUCAUUCUAAAUAAUUUUUAAUUGAAGGAAUAAUUCCUAUUUUGGAAGAUAAAUUGUAUUUACCUGAAGAGGUAAUAUUUAAUGAAAUUCCUUCAAUUAGUUAUGAUCUAUUUUUAAUUUAAAAAGGAGAAGUAGGUAUAUAUUUUAUGAAAACAAAUAUCGUAAUUGAUAAUAAAAUUAAAUAUGAUUACUUUGGAGAAAUUAGUUUCUUUACUAAUUAAAUAAGAUCAGCAAGUGCUAAAAGCAAAUAAUUUAGUCAUAUUUUUGUUUUAAAUCAAAUUAAAUAUUUAGAAAUAGCAAGACUUUAUCCACAAGAUUUAUAACAAUAUUUUAAUGUUAGAAAUUCUAUUUUAUUUUAAAAAGAUUAUAGUUUAUUAUAAGCAAGAUGUUAUAUUUGUUAAAUGGAUGAUCAUCUUGCUAAAGAAUGCCCAGUAUUACAUUUUUAAGUGUAAUUAUUCUAACUAUUAUAGUAAUGCUCCUCAUUUUCUAUCUUUUUUACAUCAAUUUUAUAGAGUAUAUUAGGCUUCCUAUAUAAGAAAAGAUAGAAUCGAUUUUAAUGCAAGGUCUUCUUCAUAUUAAAUCUAACAAUCUUAAAGAAGAUUCUUAUAAAUUAAUUGUAGAAGACAAACUUAUAUCAAUUAUAAAGGACCAACUAAUACAUUUUUUAUCAAUUAUUAUGAUUUAGAUUAUGAAGAGCUUCAGAAAAAUGACAAUCCCCCAUCAAAAGUAAUUGCAUCUUUAUAAAAUUCACUUUUUAAUAAUAAAAAUAAAAAAAAGUUUGAUUAAUUAGAUUUAAAUAUUGAUUCUCCAUCUAUAUGUUCAAAAAGAUCAAUUGGUGCUCUCACUAAAAAAAUAAUGAUUGAAGAAGAAUAUAUUGAUUAGAUAGCGUCUGAUAGGUUUAAUAAUCUAUUAGAUUAAAUAAAUACAAUAAAAUAAUAGAAAAGAUCAUUUUCACAUAUUCAUUUUACAUUAUUACCUAAUUUUGAGAGAAUAUAAAAUUACACUAAUUUUAGUUAAUAGUAUAAUAUUGAAAAUGUAUUGGAGAGGUACAAGAUAGUAUAAAAAAAGGGUUUAAUGUCUUAAAUACCUCCUAAAUAUAGUUAGUUUGGUUUAGAAGAAUUUAGAUCAUAUUAAUAAUAUUAUUGUUUUUAUCUUAAUAAAAGACAUGUAUAUAGAUAUUAUACUAAAUGCCAUCAAAAUCAAGGGGAUAUUUACUAUGGAUUUGAAAAUUCGAGAAUCUUCAAUUUAAACAGAGUAGAAAAGAAGAAAAGUUAAUAUAUAAAAGUUGAUUAAGUAAUAAUUAUAUCAAAAAUUAGUUUAGGAAGAAAGAUUUUAUAAAACAAUCGCAAGUAAAUAUUUGA